AUGGCUGACACAAUACUGACUCCAGGUUUAGAAACAAUCACUACUACAAAAAUGGCCAAAGAGACUACCUGUAGGAGACCAGUUGAGGCAGGGACUAAAGUUUCUGCUGUUUCUCGCAAGAAAAAUACAACUACCCAUGAAGUAUUAGGGGUGAUGACUAAAGGAGAUACCCAGAUUAUAUGUCUUAAAAUUGGACAUCCAUCAAGGGAUACUAAUGCUCGGAUUCAAUCUUCCUGGAAUUCAGUUAAUCUGUACGACGUGCUUAUGAUCAUCUUUGAUGUUCAUAGACAUCUCACCAGGCCUGAUUCAAGGGUUAAAAGACUAAUUCAGCGUAUGGGGUUAGAACCUAAUAUAAAGCAGAAACAUAUUCUCUGUAUGAAUAAAGUUGACUUGGCUGAAAAGAAGAAGGAUGUACCGAAGGUUUCACAAGAAUUAAAUGAUCUACAAGGAUAUGAAAGGUAG